AAAAAAAAACAGAAAUAAAUUGUACUAAUUUGAGAACUUUGAAUCUGUAAUUUGGGUAAAUCGAAAUUACAGAGCAUAGCGUUUGACGUGCAUGAAGCAGGUGGGUAGCAAUCUCUCAGAAGCCAUCAUUCAUUGGAACACUCAACAAUGCUAGAUCCAGCCACUGAACUGCUGCCACCACCAUCUUCACCCACCAAUUCAUCCAUUUCCUCCUCUGAUCUUGACACCGAGUCUACGGGAUCCUUCUUCCAUGACAGAAGCACCACACUGGGCACUCUUAUGGGUGUCAGCUUCCCGGCUAUUACCUUCAGAGCCUCCGACAGCCAUCCACAUUCAACCAUCUCCGCUGCCGCCGCCGUGGCUGGCCCCCAGAGGGCUGCAGAGUCUAAGAAGAAGAAGGCCAUCGUGGCUGCGGAGCGGCGGCGGAAGUGGUGGUGGCUGUGCAGGGAUGGCGACGCGAGGCCGGCUUCUCUCGGUGAGUUUCUUGAGGUGGAACGGCGUUGCGGCGAUGGCGCGUUUUUUGGUACGGCGGCGGAACUUGAAGGAAUGGUGAUGGAUUCGCCAAGGAACCACGGCCGGGCUUUGUUUUCCGACGGGAGGGUUCUUCCUCCGUCGAGCGUUGACGAAGGAGCAUCGACGGCGGGAAGUAUUUGCAGUAGAUUUCCAGUUUUGCUCACCGGGAUCUGCAGCGGCGGCGCCGGAUAAGAUUGAGUUUGAAUUUUGAUUUUUUUUUCCUUUUUUCUAAUAAACUGAAGAGAGAAAUAAAAAAUGGAUGAUAAUAUUUUUCUAUAA